GGCAGUGAGCUGCAGAAGACUCAACACUGAAUGAAACCCAUCUUGCAUUAAUUUGCUCAACUGUAAGGGCUAUCUUUUCUCUCUCUCUCUCUCUCUCUCUCUCUCUCUCUCUCUUUUUUUUUGCACCUGUAUCUCAAGAGGAGCAAUGAUUCCAAGACAUUUCUACAUUUUUACAACAUCGCAGUUUCUACUUGUGCUUCUGCAUAUGCCGCAAUAUUUGAAUCAAAGAUCCAAUGGACCCAGGUUUUUAAUAAGUGAGCGGGACAGGGACGCCCAGUGUAAUCCUCACUGCUCCAGGACGCAGGCCAAACCAGUGUGUGCUUCAGAUGGCCGUACCUAUGAAUCCAUGUGUGACUACCAGAGAGCCAAGUGCAAGGAUGCUGCCCUGAGCGUGGCUCAUCGAGGAAGGUGCAAAGAUGCUGGCCAGAGCAAGUGUCGUAUGGAAAGGACUCAAGCUCUUGAACAAGCUAAAAAGCCACAGGAAGCCGUGUUUAUUCCAGAGUGCAAUGAGGACGGAUCAUUUACUCAAGUGCAAUGCCAUACGUAUACAGGAUACUGCUGGUGUGUUACUUCUGAUGGUAAACCGGUCAGCGGAUCUUCCGUGCAGAACAAGACUCCUGUGUGUUCAGGUUCAGUAACGGAUAAACCCUCCAGCCAAGGUAACUCAGGCAGGAAAGUUUCUUUUCGUUUCUUUCUCACUCUCAAUUCAGAUGAUGGAUCAAAGCCGACACCUACCAUGGAGACACGGCCAGUUUUCGAAGGAGACGACAUCACGGCCCCUACACUUUGGAUCAAGCACCUAGUUAUCAAAGAAGCCAAAAUAAAUAGUUCCAGCAUGAGGCAGUCAGAAAAAGUCAAUUCGUGUGAGCAAGAAAGGCAGAGUGCUCUGGAGGAGGCAAAGCAGAACCCACGAGAGGGGAUUGUCAUACCAGAAUGUUCUCCUGAAGGACUUUACAAGCCCGUGCAGUGCCACCAGUCCACUGGAUACUGUUGGUGCGUUCUAGUAGACACUGGACGUCCGUUGCCUGGAACAUCUACACGCUAUGAAACGCCAGCUUGUGAAAGUGACGCCAGGUGGAAAAACACAGAUGCAGAAGAUCCGUUUAAAGACAGAGAAUUAGCAGGGUGUCCAGAAGGGAAGAAGCUGGAAUUUAUUACAAGUUUGCUGGAUGCCCUUACCACCGACAUGGUCCAAGCUAUUAACUCCGGAGCACCUGCAGCAGGUGGAAGGUUCUCUGAGCCUGAUCCCAACCACACACUGGAAGAACGCGUAGUUCUUUGGUACUUUAGUCAGCUAGACAGCAAUGGCAACGAGGACAUCAAUAAGAAAGAGAUGAAGCCUUUCAAGAGAUAUGUGAAGAAGAAAGCCAAGCCCAAGAAAUGUGGACGGCGUUUCACUGAGUAUUGUGACCUAAACAAAGAUAAGUCCAUUUCGCUUCCGGAACUAAAGGGAUGCUUAGGUGUUCGCAAAGAGCCAGGUACAAGUGGUGGCAGUUUCCCUCCUGGAAAAAGGCCUAGCUCCAACCCAUUCAUAGGUCGUCUCAUGUAGAUACCCACGUUAUCAAAAAGAGGUGUGAAGAUAGAGAGGAGAGCAUCAUCAAGCCUGUACCAAUCACAAAGGCAGUCGAUGAGGCUCACAACAUUUGCACUUUUGAGUGGACUAAAUUUAUCAUGUUUUUGUUUGUUUUUUGUAAAUCUAUUACUCAGCAUGGAAAGGAAGAGAAAAUGUCGCUUUUUUUUUUCUUCAGAUGUUUUUAUGAGAAAAAGAAAAAAAAAACUCUGCUACUGACAAGUUAGGAAUUGAACUAAAUGUGAUUUUGGAAAGAAAGGAUAAAAGGUAUUUUCUGUAUAUAAAUGUAUAUGUUAAUUGUACAGUCCCUUUGUACAGGUCGUAACACUUUGUCUUUUAUAAGAUUGUAGCGAACACCCUGUCUCUGAAAGUUCAUCUUAUGUAAUAACAUUAAUUUGUACCUGUUCUUCUGUUAUGUAAAUUAAAACAAAAAAAUAAUUAAAGGUAAUUGAAUGAAUGAAGGUUAUAAAAAUAUAGUCUACCACUAAGGCAACAAUUAAUUCAGCUAAACAUAUAAAAGGGUAGGCUUACCUGAGCUGGGCAAAAAGUGGUAUCAUCAUAUUUGCGGUGGUUCUUUGGUUCUGUAAGAGGCAGAGUCAUAUCAGUGUGAAAGUAACUAUUUUCAUCUAACCAUCGCUGGAUUGCCCAAUAAGAAAGCAAGUUAUGGAAUGGGUAAUAAGGUACCAGCUGUUUUAGGAAACUUUAAAGAUCUCCUCUUCACUGACUAUCCAGAAUUACUGCUGUGAUUUUCCUGCUCAGAUCUAGACCUUUGUACUGUUUAUGUUCAUGGGAUGUCAUACUUUGACCGCAGCCAUCUUUAAACUGGUACCCUGUAUCGGGCUCAUGUAAUUUUUAAUCAGGCUCUGCAAUUAAGCUAUAGUAACAUUAGCUGGUAGUACUGUGGUGGCCGGCAACUUGGAAUUUUUAAACUUCAAAUGUAUUGCUUAUAAAACAAAACAAGUGAUAAAAGCAGCCAAUGAGAAGCUGAUAUGUUGUCAGUUAAGUUGAUUAGCUACCAGCACAGCAAUGUGUAGGCAAAGGAAUCUGCAAAAAUGCCAUGCUAGCAGACAUCUGUUGCAGAAUUUGUAUUAAAAAAAAACAACUUUCAGAACAGAUUUAAGAUCUGAUCAACACAACAUAUGGAAUUCUCUACGAGUGAAUAAAGGAAGUGUUACUUUACAUUUUCAUCUAUCUAUUUGAGACACAGGUCUCCUAAUUUAACUCAUAUGGUCAAAGUGGAUUAGCUUUUGUUAGGUGUGAUACCAUGUAAGUAACAAACAUGUCAAUCUUAACAUCUGGAGCUACAAUAUUUUAGACCACAUCGUUUUAUCCAUACUGUUGAGCCCUCUGUUGUUUUAAAAUAUUUUUUAUGCAUUCUUGUAUGUCAUGACUCACCACACUGGUCAUCGGAUAGAAAUAUAAAGGCAAAUGGUAACUUUUAUU